UAUUGGUUGUGUUUUAGCUGAGUAAAGCUAUAACUCAAAGUUAAUUCAUUAAAUGCUUAUCCAUUUUAUAAGGACAUUUGAUUGUUCAGCUAAGUAAACAUGUCUGCCUGUGCACGCUUGCAUUUCACCUUUGCCCUUAGAUUUCAUUAGUCUGUUUUCUUAUGUCCGUUUCUCAUUUGGAUAUCUUUGUGUUUAUUGUUCAUUUAAAAUACUAUGGAAACAUGAACUGCCUAUAAUUCUUCCAAUAUAAAAUAGGUCUCUGAUUUUUCCAGGUUAAUUGCGUGUCAGCUCAUGAUAAUAAAACUUAGUAGUUUAAUUAGUAUAUUACAAGUAGGACAUCAAUCUUAGUCAGACUAGAAACAACGAAACAUAAUAGACAACUGUAUCUCAUAUAGAUUUCAAAUUAGGAGUGGUACAAGAUAAUUUUCCUUUAUAAAAAUAAUAUCCGAAUUUUUUGCAUGACUUUUUUUGGUAAAUGGAUAUUUCUCGAAUUCGAAUCUGGAUUUUAUUUUGAUUGCUUUUUUGACAGUACUCAUAAACUAACAGAAUGAAUUAUUCUGAAUAUUUCUUUUUUUGAGUAAUUCCCAUUUAUGAAUUAGCUAAAAAAGGCUGAACCAUGUAAUUUAGUGGAAAAAAUUAAUCAAGCCAAAUGUACUACUUCGAACAUCAACGAGAUUGUUAAAAACUAUAAAACCAAACCUGAUUUUUUGACAAGGUAGUCUCCUAUAGUAUUGAUACAAAUGUGGGUUCUGAUACUAUAUAGGUGAACUAAUGGGCCGAAACUCGAAAAACCCUUGUAGGGUGAUUUCACUGGAAAAGCAAAAAAAAAAAAAGUAAAAUACAAAUGAAAAGAAAAUGAGGUGAAGUUAGUUUAAUGAUUUAGGAUUUACUUGGGAAAAAGUUUAGUUGUUAUGGUUGUUGUUGGUUGAAUGAUUUAGGAAAUGGCUUGAGUUUCAAGACAUUUUUUGUUGAUAGGUAGGGAGGGGAAGUAAAUAUUAGCCAGGAGAUCCCCUAGUGAGUGUGGGCUUUUUUGUUCACCAUAGCUCACCAACUACACUAGGAAAUUGUCGUUAUAUGUUCUUAAAUAUGAACAUGAUACGUGAAGCCCAGGUUUUUAGACUGAAUAACUAAUUUUUUCAUAAUUUUUAAGAUGAAUAAAAAAUAUUUAAUUUAGUGAUUAUUUCAUGAAAGUUUCUAUUUUAAAUCUUAUGUAGGUCCAUUAUCGGAAUAUUUUGUCUAAGAGAGGUCUUAAAUUUCAAAAUCUUAAGCUAGCUUUCAAAUAUGAUACUCUAAAGAAAUUCGGAUUUAUUAAUUUGGACUAGAUCUAACCCGGCUCAGUUUGAACCUCUACCAUCGUUAGCGGUCCCAGCAGGUUUGGGGUUUGGAAGAAACGACCAAGGAUGUCCCUGCAGUUUUGAAAAGACCAAGUGGCUUCGAAUUUGUACAUGAACAAGUUUCCCAAUGGCUGGAUAACGAGGACAAAUUGGUAAAUGUCACAUUAUAUCGCUUUUCACUGGCUAGAACACCCUUAAAACCCUGCGCAUUGGCUUUAUUCCCACUACGACUCGUCAAUCAUCAUUUCUGAAUCGAUCCAGAAAUCAUGGAGGAAAGAAACUAUUCUCUCUCGCUCUCUUCUCUUCUCCCUCACACUAUGCCGCUCCGGUAUCUUCCCUUCUCUAUUUCACUAUCUCUCACUCUCUAUAUAUCUCCCGCCCAACGCAAGGUCUGCAUUAGGGAAGGGGCAAGUCAUCUUCCAUAGAGCUCCUCCAUCGCUGCGUCUUGAAGAUCCUUCUCGGAUGGCCCCAAACUAACGCCUAAAGCCUCUCAAUUUUCUUCUCAUCUCUUCCCUUCGAUGGUAGUUUCUUCUAAUCUUCAAGCGCAAGGUCCUCUCAGUUGCAGCCUCGUUAGAGGCCAGGUUUUGAUGAGGUUGUUAGGAACCCCACUUGAUCCUAGUUUCAGCCUCGUUAGAGCCCAGGAUUGGUCUUCAAUCUGCAUGAUUUGCACAUCUUUCCUAUGGUCCUUGGUGAGGUGUAAAGGCCAUAACUGCCCUCAUGAAGGGAGGAUGCAAAUGAGGUCAUACAAGUGGAAGUUUAGGGAGGAGUUUGAGGGGGCAGUGCUUGAGAGACACUCAGCACCAGGGGUUGCAUAUGAUAGUGAAAAGGAUACUCCUGCUGAUGUGGAGACAGAAGCAGAGGCGAGAGAGACACUUCAUGCUAAGGCAGCCAACAAAAUUGCACAUUGGCAGGAGCAGAAUAAAGGCAGGGAGUUCAAGGAGCUGGUUCUUCAAGCAUACUAUGACAUGGCCAUCUUUGUGAGACAGAGGAAUGGUUCCGUUGGCGGCAACAAUCUUCUAGAGGUUUUGAGCCUCCUCGAAAAUCUAUGUGGUAUUGACAUUGGUGUACUGUUAAAUGGUUAUUCUUCUUCUUCAUUCUUAAUACACAUUUCAAUUUCUUUUAUUGAAUGCAUACUGUUAGUGCUAAAUUAUGGGUAGAAAAGGUAAUAUAAGGGAAAGGACAUGGUAGGCUACGACAUACACUAGCAAUCUCCUAAAAACAUGCUUGAAUAGUCUUGCCUUGAAGUUUCAGGUAAAAUUCAAAUGUUUGACUGCUUAAAUGGCAAAUUUAAUUUUUUGUCUGAAAUGUACCAUAUCUCCACCGGAAUUUUGGUAAUUUUACAGUACAUUUUGGUUUCGACCAGGGUAAUCACUAACCUUGAUGUCACUAUACAUGGUUAGUUGAAUCUAACUGGAUAGGAACCUCGCCUAAUCAUUGUUAUUAGGAUGAAAACUAUUUCACAUGGACUUAAAAAAAGAUUUAUUGUUUGAAAGUGGUUGUUUGUUUUAAACUUUUAAAUUUAGUAUGUUCCUGGAAUGUACAUUAGUUUCUUUUUUCCCGUUAUGAUCUUGUCGGUUUGCAAGAUUUAAGAAAUUAGGUUCCAUUGUGGACGUAAAUUUAUAGCUUGUGCUUCUUGUAUAACAUGUCCACGGUUCCAAAGCUGCCAUGGACCAUAUGCUUACAGUAUCGAAGGAUCACAUCCAGUUCUUUGCCUCAGUUCAGCCUUUGAUAAGCCCAAGAACACAGUUGCAUAGAAACUUCUUUGAUCAUGAUGAUAGGGGCCUUCAUCUUCCUAUUCUUUGGUACUACAAAUGACUUGAGUCCACUGGCCUAUCAAUAGGAGUUUGACGGCAGGCAGAUCUUGGUAUUUGGAGAGACAAGGCAGGCGAUAACAUCUGAAGCACAUCGACAACUGACCACAAGAUGCCACUCCUUAAGGAGCCAACAAGAGUGCGGGGUGAAAAUGAAUUGUUGUCUUACCUUGCCAAGCAUAUUUUUCAUGUUCUUGUUUAUUGAUGAACAUGCACUCUUGGCUCAAUAUUUUUUUCUGUAUUUUUGUUAUAUAUUGUUGACUGUAACAUAUAUGUAAGCAUUUCUCACGGUUUCCCCCCCACCCUUUUUUUUUGGACAGCUUGGCCGUGAGAUUAUGAGGAGUUCCCUCGUAAUGUAGUAAUUCAAAUGUGUUUCAUUACAGUUUUUAUUAAGUCAUUCUGUCCAUUUAUUUGGGAUCA